GCGUGUCUGUGAUAUUUGACUAAUCAGGGAGGGGGUUUGGUUGAGGCGCACCGGCCGGGGCAUGGAGGAGGAAACGGAACGGCGUGGGAAAGCCGGGCCUGGGGGGCGGCUGGACAUGAGUCACGGCUUCGUCCACCAUAUCCGCCGGAACCAGAAAGCGCGGUGGGAGAGCUCGGAUAUCACUGCAGAUGAUUAUGACAAGGAAGUUAAGCAGGCUCAAGAGAAACAAAAGAAAAGGCACACUCCCGGACCAUCCCGACCCAAGAAACCAGACCUCCAGGUGUACCACCCACGUCAGAGAGAUAGGGGGCACCACAGUUCAGAUCUGGUUGAUGAUGGGAUGAGUGAUAGCGAUUCCAGUACAGACCCGGAGCAGCUAGGGAAUCAGCUCUUCUGCCUGGAGUUUGAGGCGGAUGGAGGUGAAAUUACGUCCAUUAUUGUGUACGAGGAUGAUGAUGCUGAGCAAGUGGCAACAAAAAUCUCAAUCCAAAACCAGCUGGAAGCCAGGAUGAAGGAGGCACUGAAAAGACGUAUUCAAGAGGAAAUCACCAAGAGAAGAGUGCGCAGCUGAAUUCCUUCCCCUUAUAGCACAGUAUAAAUAAUCAACGGUUUCUGCUCUUGUCCAUACAGUGUUGGGCAUUGUCUUGUUAUAGAUUUUGACUGAAGGGAAGACAGGCUGCAAUGUGGCCCUAUAGUAUGGAGAACUUGUAUUAACCCAUAGCUCUGCAUUAGUCAGAAUGGCGGCGGUCUCACCAGCAAUGAAGAGGCUCCUCAUGCUCUCUUGUAUGUCCUGCUACGAGUGCAGUAAAAGUACUGCUGCAACUAUUUGGUGCCACAGAUCUUGGGGAGAAUAAGGGCGAUAGUGCCUUAUGAACUGUCGUGGAUCCUAAUACGUUUGCAGUUACUUUUUUGUUCUUUAUUGUAUUUAUUGUUCUGCUGACAGUAUUGUAUCAUUAACCCAAAAUACCUGAAAUGAGCUGAGAGUUUCCAUACCACGCAGAGAAAGAUCAGAGACUCCUCAGGCCUGCUGGGAAAUGUAUUUCUGCAACAGCUGAAAUAACACACUUUCCUGAAACCAGAAGAUUUGUUUAACGAAUCAAAGCUCCUGUAGGUAUUAAAUAUAUAGUCUAAAGUGGAACAUGCUUAAUAUGCAGCUUCCUACAUCCCACAGUGAUCAACGUGCAUAAGAACAAAAUGAAAUGCUUUUGAAAGUGCAAUUUUUAAGUAUGAUCAUGUAUAUUGGAAGUAGAUCACCAGGUAUUCUGUGAUGCUCCUACUGUGUGUUUGUGUAUAUCUAUACAAUAUUACAUGCAGCAGGCAAAUACCUAGUAGCAUAUACUAGAACCUAUUACUUGUGAUCUAUGUAAGAUUAUCCUGCAAAGCAAGCUUUGCUGUCUACCAUUAAGUGUACCUGGAAAAUGACUGUAUUAUAGGUACCUGGUGAGUUGGUUGGGUGCCCUGUAUUCAGACUUGUGAUGGUUUAAAUGUAAUUUCUAGGGCAGCCAUUGGGGGGACACUGGAAACACAGUGUGGAGCUAGGAGCCUGGGCACAUUAUAAACUAAAGGUGGCCAUCCACUACUCAGACUUGUCUGAACUGCAGAUAUCAUCAGAUUUCUCUUGAACUCUCCCGGGAGCUUCCCGGGAAUCGGAUCUGACCCUGGGCUUAAUUUUCACUACAUUCACUUCAGAUAUAUCUGAUGAGAUCUAUCAUGUUUCAGAUCGCAUCAGAUAUAUCUGAUGCACACAUGCUACAUGCGAUUGAUCUGCUGCCGCCCCGUCUUGUGGUGGGUGGGAGUGGCCAGGGAGAUGCCAGUCAAGUGACGCUUCAGAUGAAUCUGAUCAGAUACAUCUGAAGUAAAAAAAACACUCUGAUGUGCACCUGAUUUCUUCAGAUUCAGAUAAAUAGAUGGGGCAGCCUCAGAGAUCUCUAGUUCAGACAAAUCUGACACGGGAGUGCGCAUCGGAUCGGAAGAGCCAUCCGAUGUGACACUUUUCUUCAGAUUUGACGGUCAGAUGCGUCGAAAUCUGAAGAAAACUGCCCAAAUCGGACUAGUGGAUGGGGGCCUUUAGGCUCUUCCCCCUCUGUAUCCCAUGGGUGCCUGGGAACUUCAGUGUAGUUAGGAGACCUCCAGAAGCCUAUCCUCAUUAGUGUCUCAUAACUAAACUGUAUCAGUAUUCGUUCUAAUGAUGUGUAAUGGGCCAAUAUUACAGAGCUGUACAUAUGUAUACAUUUAAAAAGAAAUGCAAUGUUCUACAGAUCAACAGAAAACAUGGAGUGAUGUGAGCUUCAAAUUUCAAGGAAAAUUAUUCUGCUCUCAGGAAAGUUUUUGUUUAGGUACAGCGUGAAUAAAAUCAUGGACUUCAUGGA